AUGGCCUCAUCCUCUCACUUUCUUUAUGUUAGUUUGUUCAUCGUUUCAUUCACACAAGUUCUUCCCCUCAAUGUGGUCAUAAAAUCAACAUUUAUGUACCCACUAACUUGUUCUAAUUAUACUCGUACAUGCAAUUCAUAUCUAUACCACAUCUCCAAAGGUCAAAAUCUCAAACAAAUAAGCUCUUUGUACUCUGUCAACACCUCCAAAAUCACACCCAUAAACCACAAUUCAAAUAUCGAUUAUCUUGUUUCAGUUCAGUGUUCUUGUAAGAAAGACAACAGCAGCAGUGAUGGAUACUACUUGUAUGAUACGGUUUAUAAACAGAAACCUGCAAGAGAGAGUGUUGAGUAUAUAUCAAAUGAGUAUUAUAGUGGGCAAGUAUGGAAUGUUAGUGGAGAAAAUGAAGAACUUAAUGUACGUCUUGUUUGUGGGUGUUUGGAAAACGAAUCUAACAAAGAAGUUGUCACGUACACAGUCCAAUCUGGGGACACUAUGCUUGCAAUUUCUAAGCUUUUGUCAGCAAAAGAGGUUGAAGUUGAGAACAUGAAUAGGGUUUUGACUAAAGAUCCUAAUUCUAUAGAUAUUGGGUGGGUACUUUUCGUACCACAGGAGAAAAACAAGAUCCGAGAUUCAAAGCCACGGAAGAUGAAGGCUUGGAUGAUAAUCGUUUUUAUUGUGUUAGCUCUUGUUCUGGUUCUCGUGGUAUUAUCGUUGUUGUUUCUUUUUAAAAAAAGACAGGAUCAUGGAAUCAAGAAAGAUGAACCAAAGUCUAUGAGAACGAACCUAAAUGCUGAGAAAAAAAGCCUGGAAGAUCACUUUUUAAAUAUAGACAUGGAAGAGGCAACAACAAGCAUCGAGUCUGAAAAACCGGUGAUAAUUAGUCUGGAGGAGAUUGAGGAGGCUACAAAUAAUUUUGACCAAGCUAGGAAAAUAGGAGAAGGUGGAUUUGGUAAAGUGUACUUUGGAAUAAUAAGAGGAAGGGAAGCUGCGAUAAAGAAAAUGAGAUCUAGCAAGUCAAAGGAGUUCUUUGCAGAGCUCAAGGUUCUUUGUAGGAUACAUCAUAAUAAUGUGGUGCAACUACUGGGAUAUGCAAGUGGUGACAGCCAUCUUUAUUUGGUGUAUGAGUAUGUGCAAAAUGGAACACUUAGCGAACAUCUUCAGGACCCUUUGCUAAAAGGUCAUCAGCCACUCUCAUGGACAGCAAGAGCAAACAUUGCGCUUGAUGCUGCUAGGGGAAUCGAAUACAUUCAUGAUCAUACAAAGGCACGCUAUGUUCAUAGAGAUAUUAAGACAAGCAAUAUACUUCUUGACUUGGGACUUAAAGCAAAGGUUGCAGAUUUUGGUCUAACCAAGUUUGUGGAACGUGCAAAUGAAGAGGAUUUCAUAGCCACAAAAGUUGUGGGUACCCCUGGAUAUCUAGCUCCUGAGUCGAUAUGUGAAAUGCAAACCACAUCAAAAACCGAUGUAUUUGCAUUUGGUGUGGUUCUAGCAGAGCUGAUAACAGGUCAGCAAGCACUUGCACGUGAUAAGCACGAUCCAAAGAAGCUCAAGACACUAGUUGCAGUGUUCCGUGCAAUAUUUCAAGAUCAAGAUUCAGGAGCUGCAUUGGAAGCUCAAAUUGACACCAAUCUAAAGGGAAGUUACCCUAUUGAAGAAGCGAAUAAGAUGGCAGAAACAGCUAUGUUAUGCUUGAGUGAAGAUCCUUGUAAUAGACCAGAGAUGCGCAAUGUUGUGACAAUGUUGGCCCAAAUUGUGAUGAGCUCCAUAGAAUGGGAAGCAUCACUGGGUGGAACCAGCCAGGUUUUUAGUGGCUUGUUCAAUGGAAGAUGAUGAAACAAACACAAUUCGAUUCCUUUUGAAUGUUGAUAGAUAUAAACAUCAGUUAUGACAAAACAGAAUGUAAACAGUGUCCAUAGAUCAUAUUAUGCAUCUGGGAAACAUCAAACACUUGAUGUAUCUCUAUUCUUUUGUCAUAACAA